AAGAUUUGCCACACGUUGAACGAAUACAACAGAAGUGGCGUAUGUCAAUGAACCCAUUUGAAAGUUCCUAUCAACGCAAACUGACCGUAUCUCACUUUUAGAUUAAUUCUGUUUAAGCAAAAAGCGUUUAAACCUCGUUUAAGACAGUUAUUAUUGUUUUCAGUCUUUUCAACUGCGUAUUGUGCCAGCAGCUUCACAGUUUUAACACCUUUAAAUCCAUCAGGAUGGUUGUGUUGAAGAGUUUACCUCCGCCCAGCGAGGGCAUCAGACACCAGCAGGCCGAGACAACAGCAGUCUUGGACGGUAAAAGACUAGGAUCGGGGACCCUGUUUGUAGCAGAGGCGCGUCUGUCUUGGUUCGAUGGGUCAGGAAUGGGUUUCUCUCUCGAAUACCCCUCCAUCAGUCUGCAUGCAAUUUCACGAGAUAGGAGUGCCUAUCCAGAAGAACACUUGUAUGUGAUGGUGAAUGCAAAACUUGACGAUGAGAAUGAGGCAGAGAUGCAGGAUGAAGCUCCAGGUGAUGCAGCAGAUGAAGAGGAGAGCGACAGUGACAGUGACAGCGACGGCUCCGGAACCAUCACAGAGAUUCGCUUUGUGCCCAGUGAUAAAGCUGCCCUGGAGCCCAUGUUCUCAGCCAUGUGUGACUGUCAGGUGCUGCACCCUGAUCCUGAGGAUGAAGAUUCAGGUGAUGAUUAUGAGGAUGAGGAGUAUGAUGUAGAGGAGGCGGAACAACAGCAGGGUCAGGGAGAUAUACCCACGUUUUACACCUACGAGGAGGGCUUGUCUCACCUGACGUCUGAGGGUCAGGCCACCCUGGACAGACUGCAGGGAAUGCUCGCCCAGUCAGUUUCCCAGCAGUACCACAUGGCUGGAGUCAGAACCGACGAGCCAUCGGCCCAGUUGGAAGAUGGAAUGGAGGUCGACUCUGGCGCAGUCACUGGGCAGUUUGAGGACGCUGAUGUGGACCACUGAUGGAGUGUGUCUCUAUAAUGCUGAUUAAAGCACUUGAAUGGGGCAUGCUGGGAUACUGGCUGACUCCUGGUGCCACCUCUGAAAGCACUUGUCGCCUCCUUGAGCACUCUCGUCUGAAUUUAAUGGGCUGUUUUACACCGCAUAUGUCUCACUAAUGUAUUUUGUAGUUUUCCCUGAUGAUCAAUUGACAGAAUUAUUGUCCUCAAUGGAGUGAUGUUGAUGUGUUUGUUAGAAAUUUCAAUAAAUAGUUGUUUUUUUACAAACCUUGUUUUCAAGUUUGUUGCCUUGUUUCUCUUUGAUAAAAGAAAUAUCCUCUAUCGGGCCAUUGUAAUAUGUAUUAAAUGUGUUGCUGCAAACAUUGUAUAGCUAAAAAUACUAAUUUCGCUCAUUGUGGUUCAUACUCGAUCUGUUUAUAAAACAUCGGUCUAAUCAUUUCCUGUAUAUUUCCUCACAUGAGAAAGUAUUUCAUCUCCUGACAUUUGUCCCACGUAGGUGCAGAGUGUGCUUCGUGAUAGUCCACAUAUACAUAUUUUUGAUUUGGCACAAGUUUUAGACUGAAUGCCCUUCAUGACGCAAUCCCCAGUGCCUGGGGGACUCUCACUCCCACACAUCCGGGACUAUUUAGAGUCUCCAAUUCACUUAACCUGCAUAUUUUUGGACUUGUGGAGGAAACCCACGCAAACACAGGGAGAACAUGCAAACUCCACACAGAAAGCCCUAGUUGAGCCUCGAACCCAGGACCUUCUUGUUGUGAGGCGACAGUGCUAACCAAUGAGCCACCGUGCAAAAUGAUGCAGUUAAUAAUUGUCCUCGGUAACGUUGCUUUCUUUAGUCGAAAUGGAUUGGUUCGUUCACUAAAUGCAAAAGUUCUUGUUAAGUGAACUUAUAAUUUCUAGUUCAGCAAACUAUCAAUUGGCAAUACGAGGUCUUUCAUUUUGUCACCUUUUCAAUUCUUUAUAUUUGAAGUUAACGGCAAUCUUUGCCUCUGAAGAGAGAUAUGUUUGCAAGGCAAUGCAGGACGUAGAGUUAUUUGACAUAGACACGCAACAGAUCUCAACCCUUAACACAUAAACCUCAAUAACGUUGACAAUUGGCAAACCUUAUUAAGUUAAAAGAUGAGCUCCCAACAUCACCACGCAACAAUUUACCAACAGUGGCAACAAAAAAACAGCAAUGAGCAGAAAACAGCAAAAAGUUUAAAAUAAGCCUAUAACACUAACCGCAUUAUGUUGCACUGCACGCUGGGAACUUGCAAAUUGGCAAAAUUGUUAAACAUGAAACCGUUUGUUCAGACAACUCUCUUAGGCUAGUUUGGACAACAUUUGGGGGAAUAUUGUGUUGGUCUAAACAUGUGUUUUUAUGU